AUGUUAAGGAAAUUGCUUCGAUUCCAAUUUUGCUCUCUACAAGAUUAAAUCAAGAAACAAUAGAAUUCCUACAGCAAUAUCACUGAUAAAAUUAUAUCAUAUGUUGGUAGGGAUUUACAUAAAAUACCCUCACAUCCCCUCGGAAUAAUUAAGAAUAGAAUUGAAACAUUUUUUCAAAAUGAAGCCAUAACAGAGAAGCAAAGCAAAUAUCCUUUGAAGUAUAAAAUUAUUGAUAAUCUUUCUCCAAUCGUAUCAGUAAAGUAGAAUUUUGAUUCUUUAUUAGUGCCUCCUGAUCACCCAAGCAGAAAGAAAAGCGACACUUAUUAUAUUAAUGAGAAUGCCUUAUUAAGAUGUCACACUUCUGCUCAUCAAGUGGAAUUAAUCCAAAAUAAUGUUGAUGCAUUUGUAGUGGUAGGAGAUGUUUAUAGAAGAGAUGAAAUAGAUGCCACUCAUUACCCAGUAUUUCAUUAAGUCGAGAUUGUGAGAAUCUUUUAACAAGAUCAAUUCUCCUCUAAAUAUUUGCAACAUUAAAUAUAGGAAUCUAUGGAUGAUCUAAAAGAGACCCUAGAAAGAUUGACUAAACAUCUAUUCGGUGAUGUACAAAUGAGAUGGGUUGAAACCACAUUCCCAUUUACUAAUCCAUCAAUGGAAUUGGAGAUCUACUUUUAAGAUAAAUGGUUGGAAGUACUUGGAUGUGGAGUUAUCCAUUAAGACUUAAUGAAGAAUUGUUAAAGACUCACUGAAGUGGGAUGGGCAGCAGGCUUGGGAUUAGAAAGAUUGGCACUCCUCCUCUUCUAAAUCCCAGAUAUCAGACUAUUUUGGUCUCAAGAUGCCAGAUUUCUCGAUUAGUUCAGAGCUGGCCAAAUUAAUAAAUUUUAACCCUUCAGCAAAUAUCCAAGUUGUUAUAAAGAUGUGUCCUUUUAUGUUGAUCAUAGAACAUGGGAAGAAAAUGAUUUGCAUUCAGUGAUAAGGGAUAUCGGAGGAGAUCUAAUAGAGAAAGUAGAGUGUGUUGAUACAUUUUACAAUAAGAAGAAGGACCUUACAAGCAAGUGUUAUAGAAUUCAUUAUAGAAGUUUGGAAAGAACACUCUAAAAUGAAGAAAUUGAUGUUUUGCAAUUUAAAAUAAGGGAUUAAAUUAGAGAUGUUUUAAAACUAGAGUUAAGAUGA